AUGGGCGCUCUGAAAAGCCACCCACAGCGUCGUCCACCCCCACCCCUCCACCUAAUAUACCACCCACACACCCUCUCCAUCCCCGUCCCCCCCUUCAACCUAAUCAAACAACCCAACACCCCCCUCCGCCACUCACUAAAUCUCCGAAACCAGAUGACCCCCGGCGCCGAAUUCAACACCUACGCCGACUCCGUAGCCAGCGCGCGCGUCUUCGCCCUCACAUCCGCGAACCCGCACCUCACCAUGCCCCCCUCACUCUCAAACCCCCAGAAGAAAACCCAGCUACCGGCGUACCCAAAAACGCUCAGCAAGCGCCUAACCAUCAAACUCUUCCCGCUCGACACAACAGAACUACACGUCCUGCCCAAAACCAUGUACGAAGACUACAUCGCCCUAAAACCCAUCAAGGGUUCUCCAUUAUCUGAAUGGACCAGCCUAUUCCUGACCUCCACCUUCGCAAAAAACUCAUCCCUGAACCCUCAACAAGAUCCCACGAAAUCCGGACUCCAACUCCACGACCCGCUGACGAUCUGGUACGCUUUAUGCCCCUCCAACCCGCUAUGGAAGUUCAAAGAGGAGGAUGUGAGGGUUGAGACGAGUGGGCAGUGGACUAGGGGGUGUACGAUUGUGGAUCGGAGGGGUAGACCGGUUACGGAGGGGGAGAGCAGUUUGGACGAGGAGGUUGUGGGGGAUGCGGGGGGGUGGAGGGAUAGCAGGAGGGGGAAUCGGGUUGGGUGGUGUACGAGGAGUCCGGGGGAGGGCAAGUUUGCGAGGGUGCUUUUGCAUAGGGUUUUGGGGGAUGGGGAACAGUGGUAG